UCACUGGCAUGGGUUCGCAAUCGCUAGAAAUAUUGAGACAAGGUGUCUGGGCGAGCUUGACAGGAGGCUGGUUUUACGAUCCACAUCUAGAUGUUUUUUCAAAUACAUUUCAUCUUUACGUAUGGCUCUUCUUACUGUGUUUUCCCUUUACUAUUUAUCUCUUUUUACCUCCCACGUUUUACGUAUGGUUGGCAUACUGCGCAUCAAUCUUGAUGCUAUUUGGAACAAUAAAAUGUGUGAAUCAUGCCCUGCAUUGUGUUUACGACACGAGCGAGUAUCUGGAAGAACCGGGACCAUGUGUGAGUCAAAAGAAGUCAGAGAGCGAAAAGCAACGUGCGGCUCGUAGUAAAUGCCAGGAUCGGUGUUCAGAUCAAGCUGAUCUUGGCAUUGAAUUGCAAGUAUUAAAUGGGAAAACUGAUACACCUCCUGUCGAAUGUUCAUCGAGAAAUUCAUACAUCGAACAAAAUGCACCGAGUGCUGACGCUGAUAGUAUUACUUCAGAGUAUAAUCGUGAUAAACCAAAUUCUACGAUAGAUUUAAAGGUUGAAAUUCAUCGAAAAAAUAGCUCGGAAAGUUCUGAAGAAGCACAACAGUUGAGUAAACCAACUGUGACUAGUAUAAAUGUCCAAGACGCUGAAUUAGUUUCUACGCAAGAACGUGAACCAAGACUGAGAGCUAAAAUUGAUGAUUGGCGAUCAACACAUCAAACGUGUGUUGUACAAAUAAAAGAUCGUCCGGGUACACGUAAAUUGUGUAGACAUGCAUCUGAAGAUUCUCAAAGUCGGCAUACAAAUCAGGGGACACUCGGCAAAACUGGGUCUGAAAGUCGUAUUAAACAGACAAGUUCUCUGGAAUUGGAGCAACAUGGCGAAGACUAUCCUUAUUGGAAGUCUAAUCAAAGUGUUCGUCGACUUGCGUCUAACUCUAUACCCAUGGAAACUCAUCUUACAACAGAUCAUCCUCAAAGUUUAGAAACUAUUUCAAAGAAAAAAGAUUUGGAUAAAAUAAAAAUGCCGUCACAUCCACAGUCACUGGAGGUGAUAGCAAAAAAACUUCAUCAACAGCUAGUGCAUCCUCAGAGUUUAGAAACAAUUGGCGCUACUAGUAAAAAUGUAGAUGCUUCUGACGACAAUAAUUUACCUCUUCAUCCUCAGAGUUUAGAAACAAUAAAUACUAAAAAGAUAUUACCACAAAAUACUUUAAAAAGAAAUCAACUUCAACUAUUACCGUAUUUAAGUUACGGUUCUGAAAUAGUUCAUCCAAUUGCCGAACAAAGUGACGAACAAUUUGCUAAUGAUAGCGCCGGGGGUUAUAGUCUUAGAGAUUCUUACAGUCCUUUACUUACAAGAAAAACAAUAGGUGAUAGUAGUACCUGCUCUAAUCGCGACCGAAGCUUAAGUGCCGGUGGUUUCGAUGAUAGAUUUUCUAGAUUUAAUGGAGAAAUAGCAAUAGAUAAUGACUCAGCAAAUUCGAGAGAAGCUCUUAUAGAUAAAGGAAAGUCAUCGUUUAAUCGAAGAUUUAGUAAUGGCAGUCAAAGUAGUCAUGAUUUGUCAGAUGGGGAUAGAAGAAAAGAAAUACACGAGGAUACUGUUAAUAGGGUUGAUGAUCUCGUUAACUCUGGCAGUAUUGUCGGGCUUGAUUGGCUGUUUGAGAAUGAUGAGUGUACUGCUGAGUCUUGGGCCAAUAAAAAUUUUCACUCAAAAGAACCAGACUCUGGAUCUUCAAGUACAACAACAUUGAGUAUUGACAACGAAGUUAGAAAAACUCUGUUACCUUUGCCAAAUACGACGGACAGUAAACGUCAUCAAGGAGCGAUACCGAAGCAGAACCGUCCGAAAGCAUGUCCAGAAAUUAUAAAUAAUUCAUUAAAUGUCUGUUCAUCAUUGGAAGCUUCGGGAAAUAAACCACGACGGACAAUUGAGUCCCGCCGUGACCGUGAUAGAAAACAAACAAAAGAUAAUAGUCAAUUUGAGCAGGCCAGUUCAAACAACGAAUUAAGUACUUUACUUUCAAACCCCGCGCCUCCAUUACUGGCAGCUCUGCUUAAAUCAGAUACACAAGUUAGUGGAUCAAAUGCUCCUGAUAAUCCCCCGGCUGCUGUACGGAUUGAAAUUCCAGUGCCCAAUAUAUCAAGAGGAAACAGAACUAGAAGACUGAAACGUCAACGAGUUUAUCGUAGACCAAGGCACGAAGAUAACUUGGGUGUUUUUACAGCUCUCGAAGGUUUGAUAUCCAAUGGAGACUAUCAUAUAGCAACAAAUCAUAAUGAUACAAGUGAAGGUGCCAUUCACUAUUUUCAUGACGACAAUGGGCGUUGGUUUGCGUAUAAAUUCGAUGAAAAAGAUCCGACUUCAGCUACAACAGCGCCGAUACCAUCUGGUCUCAAUGAUAAAUUAAUAAAUUCUUUAUUACAACAGCAACAGCAUCAGCAGCAGCAAAGUCAACAACAGCAACCACAUCAACCACAGCAACGCAGUAUUCCUCUUGAUGGUAAUUGUCUUACUGAUUCACUAAGUAAUAGUUACAGUAGUUUAUCUUUGAAUUCUGCUGGACUAACAUUAAUUAUUGAUACUCCACCAGUGUUGUCAAGUCCUGCCAAUAAUCAAACAAAAACCCAAAAUUCAUUGCCAGCGAAUAUUGUGUCAACAAAUACGGGUGGUAAUUCAAAUGUAUUUGAUCCUGGAAUGUUAUUUGAACGUGAUUUUUUCUUUCAAAUGCGUGCGACACGUAAUUGUCGGAUACAUCAUCUAUUGGAGAACAUAAAUGUCAACUCACAGCCACCUGAAAAUCAAAAUCAAAUGGUAGUACUGCCAUUACCAAAUCAUCAAGAAACUGAUAUGAAUAAUAGUUUAUCAUGGAAUAGAUUUAUUGAUGGUUUAGAUGGUCCAAAUGAUUCUAAAUCAAAGCCUACAAGGCAUUAUUACAAAUGGAAAAUAGGAAAAUUUCCUCAUGUUAAAAUACGAUUUGACAGAUUAUCUUUAUUAGCUUUACUCGACCGCAAUUUAACUGUUUUAGAAACGACAAUAUCAACAAUUCUUGCAGUAACUGUUGCUGGUCUUGGAUUACAAAUCCUGCAAAAAGGAUUUUAUCGUGAUAUAUUUGCUUUUAUAUUUUGCUUUGUCACUGCUGGAUGUCAGUAUUCGUUAUUAAAAUCAGUUCAACCUGAUGCUGCAUCACCGACACACGGAUUCAAUCGUAUAAUCGUAUUUUCACGAUCUGUUUAUUAUAUUAUUGUCUCAAGUAUAAUUCUUAUUCUCAAUGAAUCACUGCACAACUUCAAGAAUUCCGAUUUUCAAGUAUACGGUUUACGCGUAACCGAUUACGAUACAAUUAAUCAAGUUAAAAAUAUUUUACUUAUAUUUUUACUGGUAUUUCCAAUCAUUUUUUCCCUCGGACUUUUUCCACAAAUAAAUACAUUUCUUAUGUACAUAUGUGAGCAUCUAGACAUCCAUCUAUUUGGUGGUACUGCUACGACUUCUCUCGUAUCAUCAAUUUACAGUCUUUCUCGCAGUGUGGUAACAGUUGCGAUUUUAUAUGGAUUCGCUUACGGUGCACUGACAGAACCAAAAUCAUCACAGCACAUUUUGUUUUCAAUUUUCGCUGGCCUACUAGUUGCCAUAUCGUAUCACUUGAGUAGAUCAUCAUCUGAUCCCAGUGUGAUAUGGGAUAUCGUCAAGACAAAUUUAUGGCCACCGGAAAUGUAUCUAGAAGAAAUGGAAGCCAAAGUUAUUGAAAACACAUCAAGACAAGAGUCAACACCAGCUACAACUGCUACAACAAUAACGACAAAUGUCAACAAAGAUCCUAAGAUAAGAACAACAGGAAGAAAAAAAGAUGUCAAAAUAAAAGUUGGAGAACAAAUAACAGAUUGCGAACUUGUUGAUCCACUUCCACAAAAAUUACGGAGUACCGUAAAAGCGAGACUGAAAAAUGAUCUAAUAGUUUGUAUAGUUAUCGGUGUGUUAUCAUUUAUCAUCCAUUGCUCGACAAUAUUUACAGCAUUGCAGUCACAAAUUAAUGAUGUACUUUGGGGAGUAGUAAGUUGUCUUGGUUUUAUUUUACAUUAUAUAAUACCGCAGUUAAGAAAACAAUUACCCUGGUUAUGUUUAGCAAGACCAGUAUUAAGAAGUCAUGAACACGCGCAAUUUGAAGUGCGGGAACCCGUCAAAAUAAUGUGGUAUGAAAAAAUUUAUGUUUACUUGGGUUUUAUCGAACGAAAUAUACUUUACCCAAUAGUCUUCCUGUGGGCAUUGACGGAUUGUUCGUCAAAAAUAGUCAGCAAAUUUGGCGAAAGUGUCGGCGCAUUGAUAAUUGUCGUCUGUGGACUGAAAUCACUGAGGUCAGCUUAUGCAGAUCCAUCGUCACGUUACUUAGUGUUGGCGUUUUCCCUAUUGUUUUUUCAGUAUGACUAUCGUCACUUAAGCGAAACAUUUCUCGUGGAUUACUUUGUAAUAGCAAUAGCUUACGCUAAAAUCCAUGAAUUAUUAUUGAAGAUACGUUUCGUCGUUACUUAUAUUGCGCCUUGGCAAGUAACAUGGGGGAGCGCAUUCCACGCAUUUGCGCAGCCUUUUUCAGUCCCACACUCGGCGAUGCUGUUUCUCCAGGCAACAAUAUCAGCUAUACUCAGCACGCCAUUAAAUCCGUUACUAGGCAGUGCGAUAUUUAUAUGCUCUUAUGUAAGACCAUUAAAAUUUUGGGAACGUGAUUAUAAAACACGUCGAGUUGAUCAUUCAAACACACGCAUGUCGUCACAUUUAGAACGCAAUCUUGGCGCUGAUGACAAUAAUCUCAACUCAAUAUUUUACGAACAACUGACGCGAUCUCUUCAGCACAGUCUCUAUGGCGAUUUAGCCCUUGGAAGAUGGGGUAAUGUUGAACAGGGCGAUUGUUUUUUACUGGCAUCGGACUACCUCAAUUGUCUUGUUCAUGUUAUACAGUUAGCCAACGGUCUAGUGACUUUUCAAUUACGCGGGCUUGAAUUCCGCGGGACUUAUUGCCAGCAGCGUGAAGUUGAAGCGAUAUCUGAAAGCAUUGAGGAAAAUGACAAUUGCUGUUGCUGCGAAAUGGGACAUUUUUCAAAUGUACUGAGUAUGAAUGCAGCAUUUGGACAAAGAUGGCUAGCAUGGGAAGUUGCCAGUGCGAAAUAUGUACUUGAGGGAUACUCGAUAUCUGAUAAUUCUGCGGGUUCAAUGCUUCAAGUAUUUGAUUUUCGUAAAGUACUUGUUACUUAUUAUGUCAAAAGUAUUGUUUUUUAUGUUAUAAAAUCUUUUAAAUUGAAACAGUGGCUCGACAAUACAGAUAUUACGGAUGCACUUAAACCAACAUUGGAAAAAAAUUUUGUCGACUUGGAUCCUGUUUUUAAUAUGAAUAUUGAUGAAGAUUUUGAUUUUCGUGCAAGUGGUAUAUCUAGAAGUAGUUUUUGUAAUGUUUAUCUCGAUUGGAUACAAUUUUGUGCUGUUAAAGUUGAUAAGACACUUGAAAGAACACGUGAUUCUUGUCUUGUAUCAUUGUGUUUAGCACUGAGUCUUUUAGGCAGACGUGUACUUGGAGCAGCUUCUCACAAUACUGUAUCAAGUGUUGAAUUUUUUCUUUACGGUCUCCAUGCGCUUUUCAAAGGUGAUUUUAGAAUAACAUCAAUACGCGAUGAAUGGGUACUACAUGACGUUGAUUUGCUGAAAAGUGUCGUCGCUAAAGGUGUUCGAAUGGCGUUAAAAUUACAUCAAGAUCAUUUUAUGAGUCCUGAACAGUAUGACGACCCUGCAGCAUUGUAUGAAGCAAUUGAUAAUCAUGACCGUCAUUUAGUUAUCAGCCAUGAAGCCGAUCCUCUGUGGCGUAAUGCUGUACUGAGUGGAGCGCCAAGUCUUCUAGCACUGCGGCAUGUUGUUGAUGAUGGCAUUGAUGAAUACAAAGUUAUAAUGCUGAAUAAACGUUUUUUGAGUUUUCGUGUUAUUAAGAUGAAUCGUGAGUGCGUACGUGGACUGUGGGCUGGUCAACAGCAAGAAUUAGUUUAUUUGAGGAAUCGUAAUCCAGAAAGAGGAUCAAUACAAAAUGCUAAACAAGCGUUGCGAAAUAUUAUUAAUAGUUCCUGUGAUCAGCCAAUUGGAUAUCCGAUUUAUGUUUCACCGCUUACUACUAGUUAUGCUGAAACAAAUGAACAGCUUUGUUCUAUUGUUGGUGGACCAUUUAGUUUGAAUACCAUUAAAAAUAAUGUACUAAAAUUAUGGAGAAAAGUUAGAAGAAGAUGUGGCGAAGGAUGCUCUUCUGGUGGUACUGGAUCUCAAGACGACGGUGGAUUUGGUAAUGAUGGCGUUUAUGCAAUGACUACUUACAAUAUCCAUUCUGGAUACAGUCAAUCUGGUCACAAUACCUCGGGAUCUCAAUCAAUGGACUCUGGAUGCCAAAUAGGGGGAUCAACAGGUCGCGGAUCAUUGGGCAGAGCAAAUACAGGUUCACUGGGUGGUAAUCGUGGAUCACUGGCGUCUGUUGGUAAACCAACAAGUUCUACACUAGCAAGUCUUGCUGGUUUAUUAAGUAACAACGAUAUUAAAACAGAAUCUAAAUGCGAAACAAGUUUUUCUGGUAAAGACAAAGAAGAAAUAUCACAACGAGUAAGAAUAAUGGAUCCAAAUCAAGUGUACGAUGCUAUUAAUCUCGGCAGACGUAUUGAUGUUAUUUGGCCAGAUGAAAAAAUGCGACAACAAGGUGGUAGGUCGGGCUGGCAACAUUGGGUGCCUGAAAGAGGUAUGGAGGGCUGUGUUGUUCACCGAUGGUUGCCUAACCAUCGUGAUCCAAAUCGACGUUCACACGUCGACAAAGUUAUUUUACUUGUAAAAAUAGAUGAUAAAUUUGUGCCGAUUGCCGAACAAGGUGUAAGAGAUUUAGGUGCUGAAGUUUAAUUUCACUACAUGACAAAUAUCUUGUUGUUCUUCCAGGGAUUUUAAUUAUUUCUUAACAAAAACAAAACAAAAAAAAAACAAGGUUGAU